AUGCGGCAAGGCCGGCUCAGCCAUGCGGCCUUGAUGUCGUACGGAAACGGCGCUUCUUCCAGAAGAGGUUCCUCUUUGACACCGACAACAACAAUGAUGGUAAAGAACAUCUUCGGUGUGACUGGACAAAGAUCGACGCGAUCCCAGCCAGCCGCUACGAAGAACUUAUCUCGCGCACCUGCACUUUCUCAGGACCAUUGGAACAAUCAAAAUGCCGUGCGUACGAGAAAGGUACUCACAAUGCAGUUGCAUUUGUCGGAGUGCUUACGAACGGUAACAUCGACACAUACAUCAUUCGCGUACUGGGCCAUGCUACAGUCGAACACUGGGCAGCCAGGGACACGCCAUCCCUUCAUCAUGAUGACCCGACUUCCUGGAAAGAGCGCACAUAGCACCUGGUUCGACGACGACUACGACGAGGCAGACUCCGAUACCAACUUUCGCUCUGGCAAAUUGUCAUCACCUUCCGUUGUGAAGAAACGAACCAGCUUCCUACGUUCGCCUGCGCGAAUCAUGGCUGAGAUCAACACAUUCUUUUUUGACGAGAUUGGUAUACCCAUCAUCCCUUUAGACGACUCAGCACCGCCUACAAUCGGCCCACUGUAUCAGUGGGACAACACUGGCAGCGACGACUGCACCGAGCGUCCACCUGGCACCACAACCCACGCCUACAUCCUCAGCGCCUGGGAACCUCUCGACAUAAUCUUCAGCCACCCCAUCUUCAACCCCUCCUGCCCCGAAACAUUCACCCUCCAUCACGCCGACCGAGACCUGCAAAACAUCCUCGUCGACUCCUCCGGCAACAUUACCGGCAUAACGGACUGGGACCGCUGCCUCGCGGUCCCGCGCUGCAUCGGCUCCUCCUCCGCGCCCUUAUUCCUGCAGAAAGACUGGAUGCUAGCGUACCUCAACUACCUGUCCACGUCGCCCUACAUGGCAUUUACGACGCAUUGCUAUCGACAGAUCUAUGCUGCUACGCUGGCAGAGCAGGGGUGUGGGGAUGCGAAGUAUACGAUGAAGAGCGCGAUGUAUCAAGCGGGUAUUAUGAGCUUGUAUGACCGCGAUUAUGAAGAUGUGCGGGAUUUCUUGGAAAAGGUGUUGCGUUGUGUACCGGCGUUUAGAGGCGGCGUAGAUGAGGUGGUUCGAGCGUUUGAGAUGGGAUGGUCUCCUAGUGAGCAGAUAUUGCGGCAGCAUUUGGCUGUUAUUUUCGAGCCGGAGAUGCCGGAUAUGAAGGUGUUGGCGGAUGCUGAUGCAGAGAUUGCGGCGAUGGCUUGGAUGAUUGGGUUUGAGUAUAAGGACGACUGCUGAGCACGAGUGCUUGGACAAGGCUUCAGGGCUAGAAAGGGGGUUGCUGUUAAUUUGGUGCCAUUGAAUGGGACUAGAAAAAUGUUUCGAAGACCAAGGAGGAAUGGGAAUAUAUAAAAAGCCCGCUCGCUGAAGUGAUAUGUAACAAAAGAGCGACACUCAUAGUAUUUGCAGUGAAAACACGAACACA